AUGCCCCUUGAAAGGACCUUCCAUAAAGCCCCAAUGCCUGAACUUGUAGACGAUUACCGGUGGGCCCGUGUAGACCUCGACGAUUUCCAACGCAAAACCUCUCGGAAAAGCUGUCGUGAAAGCUCUGUGGGCCGAGUCAACUGUUUCCUCGUCGGGAUUGAAGCAUCUAAAUUUUUCCGGCAAAGAAGUUUGCAGCAAGGAGUUGUCCUUUUCAUGGCAGAGAAGUUUAAUCUGACUUGUCCAGGAAGAGAAAUUGCGACCGGCAACUUUUCUAGUCUACAGUACAAAGUCCCACCAAUAAUUCCGAGAUUCGUAGAGUUGUUCAUAGAACCAAUCGAUUUUUUGUCCAUAAACCAUACAUAA